CAUGCGCUCUAAGCGCUGAAGCAGUCAAGAUGGAGGUGUUUGUUGUGGGUCCAACUUUCAGGUGUUCCCCCUUCGUGUUUUCGGUCGGUUCUGCGGUCAGAGACAUUCUGGACCKGUUUGUCCCGCAGCAGCUUCAGGACUUCUACGUGUCGUCAAACGGUCACCUGUCUCACCUGGAUGAUCUGCUGCAGCAUGGAGCAGCCUAUCACCUGGAGCCCCGCCUCUGUGGAGGGAAGGGAGGCUUUGGCUCCAUGCUGCGAGCUCUGGGCGCUCAGAUCGAGAAGACGACCAAUCGGGAGGCCUGCAGAGACCUGAGCGGCCGGCGGCUUCGAGACGUGAACCACGAGAAAGAGAUGGCGGACUGGCUGAAGCAGCAGGCGGUGCGGGAGGCUGAGAAGGAGCAGCGGCGUCUGGAGCGUCUGCAGAGGAAGCUGGCUGAGCCCAAACAUCAGUUCACCGACACGCAGUUCCAGCAGCAGUGCCACGACCUGAGCGAGAGGCUGGAGGACUCCGUGCUCAAAGGUCUGCAGGCGUCCUCCAGCGGUCAGGUAAAGGUUAGUGAUGGCUCCGCCUCCAAGAGGCCGAACACCAAUCAGAGCGAAGCACCGCCGAUGAAGAAGAGGAGGAAGAAGAAAAUGGCGACGGCUGUUUUCUGGACUGGCCUGGAGGACCUGGACAAGUUCACAAGCUCUGAGGACGACGAGGGUCCAUCAACCUCUGCUGUUGCCAUGAUGAUGCAGAGAGAGGAGGCGGAGCCUGGCAGCAGCACCAGUCCAAAUACCAGACCCUCAGACCGGAGACCACCUGGAGCCUCCCCCGAGGACGAGAGACCACCUGGAGUCUCCCCCGAAGACGAGAGACCACCUGGAGCCUCCCCCGAAGACGAGAGACCACCUGGAGCCUCCCCCGAGAGACCACCUGGAGCCUCCCCCGAAGACGAGAGACCACCUGGAGCCUCCCCCGAGAGACCACCUGGAGCCUCCCCCGAGGACGAGAGAUCACCUGGAGCCUCCCCCGAGGAAGAGAGACCACCUGGAGCCUCCCCCGAGGAAGAGAGACCACCUGGAGCCUCCCCCGAGGACGAGAGACCACCGGAACCAUCAGAGACCAGCAGUCCAGAGCAGCUGGACCUGUCCUCGCAGACCUCUGUCCAGCAGCUGGAGUCUCUGGGUCUGGAGGUUCUGAAGAAGGAACUGGUCUCUCGGGGUUUAAAGUGUGGGGGUACCUUGUCAGAGCGCGCGGCCCGUCUCUUCUCCGUCAGAGGACUGAGUCCAGAUCAGAUCGACCCAGUUCUGCUUGCCAAACCAGUCAAAAGCAAGAAGAAGUAGAGGAGCAGUUUUUUGUUGUGUCAACAGGAAAUCCUGCAGCAGGACUUCCUGUUUUAUUCAAAGUUUUGCACCAAUCAGGGUUCAGUUUGUUCUUUUAAUAAAAAGUACAGAAACAGA